UUUCAACAUCGGGGGUGGAAUUUUACAUCAACACGUUCAAUUCGGAUCCAGGUACCCUCGGGGAAAGACGUCGCUUGUUUUCCAUCUGUCCUACGUAUCUGAGGUCGCUUAAUAGACAUUGUCAGAAACGACGACUUGAACAUUGUCGAGAAAAUGGAGGAACUUCAGAACACCAGCCUUGUAGGCGAAGGUUUGGAGGGAUCUGAAGACGUUUUGGCCGGCAUCCAGUUUUCCUUAGACUCGCUCAAGGCCAACGCUGAUACCUUCUUCCUCAUUGUGAUGGCAUGUCUCAUCUUCUUCAUGCAGUGCGGGUUUGCAUUCCUGGAGGCUGGAUCCGUCCGCAGCAAAAAUACAACCAACAUCCUGAUCAAGAAUGUCUUGGAUGUCUGUCUGGGUGCCUUCGCCUACUGGGCUGUUGGGUACGCCUUCGCCUUCGGCCCGGGGAACGCCUUCCUUGGUCACCGCUAUUUCUUCUUCGAGAACAUGCCGCCAAGCCUUUACUCUCAUUGGUUCUUUCACUUUGUGUUUGCUGCCACGGCUACUACCAUUGUGUCUGGAGCUAUGGCAGAGCGGACUGAGUUUGGCGCCUAUCUCAUCUACAGUUGCGUCAUCACUGGUGUGAUUUAUCCCAUCGUAAGUCACUGGGCGUGGUCAGGUAAUGGCUGGCUAGCAGCAGGACCAGGUGUUGAAGGCGUUGCAUACCAGGAUUUUGCCGGUAGCGGUGUAGUGCACAUGGUUGGAGGAAUGGCCGCGUUGGUCGGAGCUGCCAUCGUUGGUCCCCGACUCGGCCGCUUUGACAAACAAGGAAACCCCACAACCAUCCCAGGCCACACUGUUCCGCUUGCAGCUUUGGGAGGGUUUAUCCUCUUCUUCGGCUUCUUUGCCUUCAAUGGCGGCUCCCAAGCUAGUAUCUCUCAGCCGGGUGAUGGGGAGGUGGUUGCUGUCUCCAUUGUCAACACCAUCAUCAGCGGGGGUCACGCUGCACUAGUUGCUAUGGUGAUCAAGAAACUUAAAGGCUUUAAUGGUCAGUGGAGCCUGCUCAUCACCAUCAACGGAGCACUCACUGGAAUGGUGGCUAUUUGUGCCGGAUGCAAUGUUUUGGCACCGUGGGGUGCUGCCGUCGUCGGUAUUGUGUCGGGCGCUGUGUAUGUUUUGUGGAGUUGGCUAGUCUGCAAGCUCCGAAUUGAUGACCCACUUGAUGCCGUGGCAGUUCAUCUUGGCGGAGGAUUGUGGGGAGUAUUUUCAGUUCCAAUCCUCGGAUUUGAAACGGGUGUAGUCUUCGCUUGGAACCAGGUGGCAUUCAUGAAUCUUGGAUGGAACGCCCUGGGUGCAGUGGCCAUUAUCUGCUGGACAGGAAUCCUGUCUGCCAUCUUGUUUGGACUGAUGAGGCUCCUUGGUGUCCUUCGCGUAUCAUCCGAAAUUGAGGAGAAAGGACUCGAUAUCGCCAAGCAUGGCGAGUCAGCUUAUCCACUCUCGAGCUAUGGACACGGCUGGUCGAGUGAGGCCAACCUCAUUGAGGUCCGAGUUGAUGGGAAGGGGAGUGCGGCGGAUCUCACGGAUUCUGGUUCAGCUUCAAGUAACGCUAAAGAUGGUUGCCAUGGUAUUCUGCCAGCACAGGUUUAUCAAAUCUCACAGACAGAAUCCAGUGGUCAAGCAACGGUUGGAGAGUCGGCAAACAUUUAACAACUCAACUUUAGCUGUUGUUAUAGUUAAUCUCCUUGCAAAUUGCAAUAAUGCUUGAGUAAUGCACAUGUGUCAGUCCAGAUGUUGAUCAUUGUCCUAAUAUUUACCAUUUGAAACGAAGCGAGAUUGUAGUGUAUUCAUGCCCAGUCGGUUUUAAAAUCUAAGCUUUUACUAAGCAGUGUCAUUAAAGCUUGCUUUUCAACUUUAAUGUAUGCCUGUAAAAUAGCUUUAAUGAAAACUCUGGAUCCUUGUUUACUAGGGUAAAAGCUAUUACAUAAAUUUGGUUUAUAACAUUUUUGUGCUUCAUGUUUGAUGUUUUGGCACCCGUUUUCGUUUUGACUCUGUGAAUUGCCUGAAAGUAAUUAUGUUGCUUUAUGUUACAAAGAAAAUUAACAGCUUUACGGGUAAUUUGUGAAGCUAUAAACGAGUGCAUGCAUACGUUUAGUAGCGUGCUUCACUUUUGUGUCUUCCUGACAAAUAUACAGGCAGAUCUUUUCCAACGAUCUCAAAUGAACUGAGUUUUUUGUUUUUAUUAAUGUGGGAGUACAAUUUGUUAUUGUUCGACAUUUUGGUCUGUUGGCGAUGUUUUAAUGAGACAAAGCAAAUUUUGCACCAUUGUUGCUGUAUUAUGAUAAAAUAAGUGAAUGUAAUUCUUGGUAAUAAAUCUGACACCUUUAAACUAGA